UCUUCGCCAAUCUUGACUACCUAAAACACCCCAUCAAUACCACCAUCUCCUUGGACCAACAAUCCAACAACCAACCAUCAGAGUCUCGAGAAUACAAAAAAUAGUUGCCUCAUCAAGAUAUGAGUCGCGCCGGCAAGAUUGCCCCCGAGCAGCUCCCAAUUUUGUUCGUGAAGAAUCUAAACUACGAAGUAUCCUCUGACGCGCUUUGGAAACUCUUUGACCCCGGUGAGGACGGACUCAUCCGGUACGUUCCCAUAUUGAUCGGGUAUCAAGGUCAUCUUGCUAACCAUCAUCGCAGCCAAAUCCGACAGGGUAUUUCAGUCGAAGCAAAGGGAACCGCCUAUGUUGUCUUUUGGAACGUCAUGGAUGCGAAGAACGCUCUCGAGAAGCUAAAUGGCUACAACUUUCAGAACCGAUAUCUUGUCGUUCUAUGGCAUCAACCAGAGAAGACCCUCAAGUCAAAAGACGACCUGCAGGCUCGCAAGGACAAUUUAGCGCAGCUCAAGAUGAAGCAUGGGAUCGAUUGACAAUUAGACGGGCCUGCAGACAGGCUCCAGACCCGUGCCCGUGCUCCGUCUGCAGUCCCGUCUUCUCCAGCUUCUACUACAUCUAGCUCGAGCUUUACCUCCUCCACUACGACGUCGAUCAAGAAGGAGCCGACAUCGGUGGCGAAGGACAAGAAGAGUAGGCCAGACGACGUCGCCCGACACGCACGAAAGAUCGCGUUGAACUUCAUGCGGGGCAUCCUUCCACAGAAAUCGAAUAAGCUAUGCAUGACUUAAACGUAUCGUACAAAUCAUCAGAUUAUC